AUGGCACCUAUUUCACUCUCAGAUAUCAUCUCUGCGCUCCCAUCAGAGGACUCAUGGGGACCAUCGACCACAUCAGAAACCACAUUAAAUGGCGUUCCUUACGCCCCAUACUCUAAAGGCGAUAAAUUAGGUCGCAUGGCAGAUUGGACCGCCGAAGGAAAAGAUGGAAGAGAUGGCAGAGGUGGAAGACAGCAGUAUAACCGAAACUACAGAGAUCAACAAGUUUACGGCGCUGGAACCUCCUCAUUAUUCGCAGUUCAACUCGCCGAGGACGAAUCUACCUUCUCCGUUGUCAGCAACACUCGCGAUUCUACCAAGACCCGCUUUGGACGUGGAGGACUCGCUCGAGGACGUGGACAACGUGGCGGAAGAGGUGAUACCCGUGGUGGUAGAGGUCAAUUCCAGAGAGUUGGAGGACGAGGCGGGCAACAAGGCUACAACAGUUAUGAUACCCGCGGUGGAAGAGGUGGUGCUCGAGGUGGAAGAAAGUUUGGCUGGAAAGAUUACGACAAGCCACAAAGAAACCGUGAUGCCUCUGUUAACAUUAAGCCUGACUGGAAAAUGUUGGAGGAGAUUGAUUUCAACCGUCUGGCCAAGCUCAAUCUUGAUACCGAUGAUGGAGAAGAUAUUGACAGUUAUGGUUUCCUUUACUACUACGAUCGAUCAUUCGACAAGCAACCUGUCAAGGCUGCCGAGAGAAAGCUUAACGUGGUCGACCGCGCUUCAUACAACGUUACCACAUCUUCAGAUCCCGUCAUUCAAGAACUCGCCGAGAAGGAUGAGGCCACAAUUUUCGCAACAGACAGCAUUCUUUCCAUGCUUAUGUGCUCCCCUCGUUCAGUUUAUCCUUGGGACAUCGUUAUCGUUCGACAAGGCAACAAAGUGUUCCUCGACAAGAGAGACAAUGCUACACUCGAUAUGGUUACCGUUAAUGAGAAUGCUGCUGACGCUCCAAUGGAUGCUUCAGAAGGUAGCAAGGACGCUAUUAACCAGCCAAGUGCUUUGGCUGAGGAAGCUACAUACAUCAACCACAACUUCGCAAAUCAAGUCAUGAAGGAGAGCGACAGCCAGAAGGUAGAAAUGGAGAACGAGAACCCAUUCUAUAACUCCGCCGAAGAAACCGACCCACCUGCCAGUAAGGCAUACAAAUACCGUAAAUUUGAUCUUUCUUUGAACGACGAAGAUCCAGUUCACUUGGUUGUAAGAACCGAGCUCGAUGCUGUUUCAAAGAACGCCAUCAGUGGAGAAGAUCAAUUCUUGACUGUCAAGGCUCUCAACGAAUUCGAUUCCAAGGCACAAGGAAGUGGAGGUGCAUUGGACUGGAGGACGAAGUUGGUCAGUCAACGUGGUGCUGUUGUUGCAACUGAAAUGAAGAACAACAGUUGCAAGCUUGCAAGAUGGACAGUUCAAAGUAUCAUCGCUAAGGCUGAUGUCAUGAAACUCGGAUUCGUUUCCCGUGCCAACCCAAAACUCAACGAUCGUCAUGUAGUUCUCGGCGUUAUUGGCUGGAAGCCACGUGAUUUUGCUUCGCAAAUGAACUUGUCCCUAUCCAAUGGAUGGGGUAUUGUCCGUACCAUUGUUGAUAUGUGCUUGAAGCGUGAAGAGGGCAAGUACGUACUUGUCAAAGAUCCUAACAAGCCAAUCUUGAGAUUGUACCAAGUGCCAGCUGGUAGUUUUGAGGAUGAUGGAGAGCAUGAUGUAAUUGAGGAGAAUGUUGAGGAGGAUGAUUAG